AUGUUAAUAGGACAAGAUAGGCAUCCUGGAACAGGAAAAAAGCUUAAGGAAGCUGGCAUCACAAGAUAUCGUCUUGCCAAGAUUGCCAAAGUAGGAAAGAGAGUUUUGUUUUGGUGUCACCAAAUCAAAGGACAGGAUUCUUCUUCAAGAGAAAUUUCAGAUAUUUCACAAUACUGGUCAAAUUCAUUAGGUACAUUAGUGCUUUCUGUUCGUGAAUGA